CCUGCGCAGGCGGUGAUGGCGGCGGGCGGAGCUCGGGCGGUCAUGGCGGGCGGCCCGGCCGGAGCCGCGCGAUCCCGAUCGCUGUUCUUGUGGGAUGACGGGCAUCCUAUGCGGUUCUACCUGCGGCCCGGCCUAGCCAAGCUGCGCCUGGCGCCCCUAGUGCUGGCGGGCGGCGGGCGCCUGUGUCGAGUGCAGGAGCCAGGGGCCGUGCUCCUGGCGCAGCCCGGCGAGGUGGCUCCCGACGGGGCCGUCUCCACCGAGUACGUGGCGGAGUGCGUGAAGCGCAACCAGCGGCUGCCGCUGGAGCCCUUCCUGCUGACAGCCCGCGGCCGCCUGGCCUUCACGGAGGCGGAGGAUGCGGCGCUGCUGCAGGCGGUGCGCGGCCAGGGCACGGUGCGGGUGAGCGGCCGCGCGCUGUGGAUAGAGCUGGAGCGGAGCGGCCUGACGCGGCACAGCUGGCAGGCCAUGCGUGACCGCUACCUGCGGCACCUGCUGCCGCGGCUUUGGGAACCCCCGCAGACGGAGGAUCCCACGCAGAUCAGGGGUCUGUUCGCGGCAGCUAAUCGGGAGUUCGAAAGCACGGAGUCGGAAAGUGACUCUUCAGAUGUUGCAGAACUUUCCACACAAGAUGGAGUGAGAAGGUCCCCAGGAGAAGCAGCAUCUGAGCUGAAAACUGGGCCAGAGGACUCUGCUUUCCCUGACAUUCAGUUACAAAGGCAAGAAAGACCACAGAACACUUGUUCUUCUUCCAGUGUGGUGGGACAGGUAAUAAAAACUAUGGAGCACUUCAUGGAGAAGUUUGCUGUGGACCUGCACACUGUUACACAGGCCUUUCUGAAAAACAGCGGUGAUGUGGAAGCUACUUCAUACUUUCUGCAGACAGGGCAGCGCUUGGAUGGGUACCCUGUAUGGAGCAGAGAGGAUGAUUUAGAAUUGCAAAAGGAUGAUGAACAUGUCAGAAAUAAAUUGAUAGCCAAAUUUGGAGCUGAAAACGUAGCAAAGCGGAUAGUGUUUAGAGAGAGUUAACAAGAGGACAUUACUGAUCCAGAACAGUUGCAGAAGUGUAAUAGUCAUUUCAGAAACACAGUGGAAAAUUUGAUGGCAGUUCUGAAGUUUUCAGAAAUGCUUUGAUUUUUUUUUUUUGUAUUAAAAGGCCUGUAAUGCUUGUACCAGGCCAUAUAUUCUGCUUGGGAAAAAUACACCAGCUUUCAGGGCUAUGAGUAAUAGUUGAAGUAGGAAAUGAAUGUUAAGAGGGAAUUAUCAGAGGUUAUGUAUCUAUCACCUAAGCUGCAUUUGAGAGAGAACACUAUUACUAGGAUAAAGUCAUAAUCUGAAAAACUCAGUACUUGUAGCCUGAAAUUGUGCUUUGGUUACUUAUUUUAAUACUAUUUGAAGUGAGUCCUAAAAAUCUGGAAUUCAUUCUUUUGGUGAAAUAAAAUGGGCUGGCAAAGGUGAA